UUUAUUCAUGUUGUUUGUACUGUUUAUUCAUAGAAAGUGGAGAUACAGUUGUCAAUUAUUAGUUUAGAUAUCAUAGAAAAGUUUUUAAAUUCAAAUCAUAAUCAAUCAAGAUGGCUUCACCUCAAAUAGAGUUAGAAUCGAAUGAACAACCCAGAAGAGCUGAAGACCAGCAUAGAAUUGUCCAUGAAGUUAAUAUUUCGAGGCCACAAUGGAAAACAAUAUUUAUUGUCACUCUUAUAGUGUUCAUUGUUUCAACUUCAGUCUUGACUGUUUUUUAUUUCGCGUUAUUUGUGAAAAAAACAAAAGGUAUUGAACUUCGACCAAGAGACUGCGGAGAAAUAUAUUUAAAAAGAGGAAAUGGGAUUUACACAAUUUUUCAUAACUCAUCCAGUAACAGUGGUUAUACAGUCUAUUGUGAUUUUGAAACGGACAACGGUAAUUGGACGGUAUUUCAGAGAAGAAUAAACGGUACGACAAACUUUUUCAGAGGAUGGGAGGAAUAUGAAAAUGGAUUUGGGAAUUUGAAGGCGGAAUUUUGGCUUGGUAAUAAAAAAAUCAAUGAAUUAACGUCGAACGGACUACAUGAACUAAGGGUAGAUCUUACCGAUUUUGAAGGCAACACAGGAUACGCUAAAUAUUCCAAGUUCUUUGUCGGUAAUGUUUCUACCCUAUACAAACUUGAUGCUGAUGGAAAUAGUGGGGAUCUCGGAGAUAGUUUGGAGAGUAAUAAUGGGAUGCGUUUUAGUACAAAGGACAGGGAUAACGAUGUUUAUCGAGGUAACUGUGCAAAUAUAAACAAUGCAGCCUGGUGGUAUAGUCAUUGUACUUGGGUCAAUCUAAACGGACGGUAUCUUCAAGGUGGAAAGAUUGACGUCAAGGGUAUUACUUGGUACAAAUGGAAGUCAUCAUACUAUUCAAUGAAAUCAUCUGUAAUGAUGUUAAGAAAAGUUUAUCCACCAGGAUAAAGAUUAAAAUGUUAUAUUUCGACAAUUUGUGUAUUUUAAUUCUUUGAUAAUUAGGUCUUUCCACUUUUCUGUGGAAAGACCUAUUGUAUUUGUUCUGAUUAUUAUUAUUAUUAUUUUUUUCUUCCGCCAAAUUUUGUUCUCGCGUAAAAUUUUUGUUUCGCAAGAUGUCGCUUAGAUAUUUCUUAUAUAGUAUCAUACAGUUUAUGCGCUUUUUAUUUUCACCCAUUCUAAGCCGAACAAUUUUCUUUGUAGGAGUUAUCUCCCUGAACACUGUUUUCCUUGUGACUGCAUCUCCUCCGUAACCGUAAAAGAAAGCGACAAAUUUAUUUUACCAAAUGGCUCGCUAUAUCCUCAGGAUUUGUUGUCCAAUUUUGACGGAAGCGAUACGAAGACUCCAUAUGAGAGUUAUUUCCCCUAAUGCAUUUGAAAUAAGUGAUAUGCAUUUGUAACUGGUAAGUCAUAAGUGAUAGAGACCUAGGGUCUGUUGAUUUGAGGUCCUUGGUCCUAAAGAAUAGAAAACUAGGUCAAGGUCAAAGGUCAAGGUCAUGUUGUGAUUUUUUACAUUAGGUUCGUAUCGCUUCUUCCUAGAAAGAGUUAUAGAUAUCGACAAAACAAUUUAACCAAAAAGUUUGUCGCGACACGUGUUUACUAGAAAUUUUUUGUCGAAAUGGUACGCGUCAUUUUAUUGCAGGGUCAAUGUCCCUGUUAUGGUCGAAUCAACAAAUUACUUAUCAAAACUUCAAACCUUGCAGCUAUCAUGUUGUAAAUGUUUCUUAUCUCAAUAAUGAACCACAGUCUACCACUACACUCCCCCCCUUUUUUUCAACUGAUUUUUUUUUAAAGUUAUCCCAUUUCAAAGAAAAGAAGAUCGCUUUUAGUCCCGUACAUUAUACUGUAAAAUGCUAAUCCUUCUUAUGUACAAAUUUCUUUCUGAAAUAGAAAUCCAUCCCUGCAAAAAUCUGCUCCAAUUCAUGUAUUUUCUGAAAUUAAUCGAUGAGGCACGUGCGGUCCGCUUGAUUGCGAAAUUAAAAUCAAUGUAUUACUGAAAUCCUACAAAUUUCUAAACAUGCAUUAAAAUACAAAUCUGUGCUCCCGUAAACAUGUGUACGUAAUAUGUAUGCAUGAUCCGACAUCAAUGACCUGUACAAAAUAAAAACAAUAGUUAUCGUGUUUCUUUGAUCAAUACACAUGUGCUCUGUUCAACGGUCUCCCCUGAAAAGAAAUUAAUAUUCUAACUCCAGACAUAUAUUCGAGGGUAACGUGACUUCACAACACCAUCUCGCGCGCGGACCUAAAUUUAGAAUAAAACAUUGCAUAUCCAAAUGAGGGAAAAUAAAACUUCCAAGACUUCACAACACAAUCUCGCGCGCGGACCUAAAUUUAGAAUAAAACAUUGCAUAUCCAAAUGAGGGAAAAUAAAACUUCCAAGACUUCACAACACCAUCUCGCGCGCGGACCUAAAUUUAGAAUAAAACAUUGCAUAUCCAAAUGAGGGAAAAUAAAACUUCCAAGACUUCACAACACCAUCUCGCGCGCGGACCUAAAUUUAGAAUAAAACAUUGCAUAUCCAAAUGAGGGAAAAUAAAACUUCCAAGAUAAAAAAUUUACUCCGUUUUCCUACAAAUUCAAUCAAAAUGCAUACACAACAAAUAGAUGAAAAAUGGAAGUCCGAGGUAACAUAGAAACUAGAGAAAAUUUAUAAACGAAUGAUGCUAGGAUCAAUUUUUAUGAGGACAUCUCAGGCGUCCGUUUGGCUGUGCGGGAUGUCUAAGUACGCAGUCACGUUCGGUCAGAAUACAGGCGUUAUUUAAGUUAGCUGCGUCGCACAGAGAAAGUGCCAUGCAAUCAAUCAAUCAAUCAAUCGACCGACCGACCGACCGACCGACCGACCGACCGACCGACCGACCGACCGACCGACCAACCAACCAACCAAUUAAUCAUGUUUCGGAGGGGAAAGACCGUUUAACAAUUGUUUUUAAAACAAUUGAUUUAUAUUGUAAAUGUGCACUUUUAACCAUUCUAAUUUACCAUAUAUAUCAUAAAAUGUCUCACUGGCACACACCCACCUCUUUUCUUUCCUCUUCUCUCCAUUUAUUAGGUCUUUCCACUUUUCUGUGGAAAGACCUAUUGUAUUUGUUCUGAUUAUUAGGUCUUUCCACUUUUCUGUGGAAAGACCUAUUGUUUUUGUUCUGAUUAUUAUUAUUAUUAUUUUCUUCCGCCAAAUUUUAUUCUCGCGUAACAUUUUUGUUUCGCAAAAUGUCGCUAAGAUAUUUCUUAUAUAGUAUCAUACAGUUUAUGCGCUUUUUAUUUUCACCCAUUCUAAGCCGAACAAUUUUCUUUGUAAGAGUUAUCUUCCCAAACACUGUUUUCCUUGUGACUACAUCUACUCUGUAACGGCAAAAGAAAGCGACAAAUUUAUUUUAUAAAAUUGCUCGUUAUAUCCUUCGCAUGAUUUGUCCUAUUUUGACCGAAGCGAUAAGAACACUCCAUAUGAGAGUUAUUUCCCCUUAUGCAUGUGAUAUAAGUAAUAUGCAUUUCUAACUGGUAAACCAUAAGUGACGGAGACUUAGGGUCUUUUGAUUUGAGGUCCUUGGUCCAAAAAAAUAAAAAUUAGGUCAAGGUCAAAGGUCAAGGUCACAUUCUAAAUUUUGAUUUUGGCCUAUUUUCACUUACUUCCAAAAACCGUACAAGAUAUCGACAAAAUAUUUUUACUAAAUUGUAAGUUGCGACAUGUCGUAACACAUGAAUUUUGGUUGAAAGGGUAAGUUGACCGUAAAAGAGAGUUUUCUCCCUUUGUAUAUAUAAAAUUACAUGUAUGGUGGUAUAACUCAUUUACCAAGUAUAAUAAAGACCUAGGGUAAUAUGAUUAAAGGUCCUUGGUGUAUGACCUUGAAAUUGAGCUCAAGAUCAAAGUUAAAUUUGUUGUUCUAGAUUUUUACCUUUGCUUUAACUUCAUAUUUAAACACGAUAAAGCCAUGGGACUUUUUUUAUUAGGUUGCAAUUUACAUGACCUUGAAAAGCCAACCGGAAGUGACCUUGUGUAAACCGGAAAUAGCUUUGUUUUGUACUUAUUUGAUGUAAAGUGUAUUGAACAAUAUAUUUUUGGAAUCAGUAUCAAGUAAACUAUCAAAUAAAAGGGGAAGUGACAUAUUUCAAACCGGAAGUAAUGUAUAGAAACCAUAUAUUUUUGGAAUCAGUUUACAAUAAGCUAUCAUUUGACGCUGGAUAUGAUAUUUCAAACUGAAUUUUCAUAGUUCUAUUUCAAAAUUGAUCUGCAUGAGUGGAAAGACCUUCAAUUGUUCUCUGAACAAUUGGUUUUUAAUUUUCAUUAUAUUUCGUUCAUUUCAUACGUUCGCCUAGUUCAAUUUAGUUCUGUUUAUAUAAAUAACAUUGUGAGUUGUCUUUUAUUUGCUUGUCCUGAAUAUGCAUGAAAUAGUUUACACUGGUAUUAAGUAAACAACAAUAAAUCAAUCUUGAAUUGACUUUUUGUCAAAUAUCAAUGUAUUUAAAGUAAUCAUCUCCUUUAGACAUUCAUAUAUGAACUAAUCACGAUAAAUGAAAUGUUGUUAAACCAACUUUAUAUACAUUUGGAAAUGUUACUAAAUUAAUUGUUAUUGGGCGUUCAUUUGAUUGGCUACAUUUCUUCUCCCAUCUUCGCUAGCCAAGGGUUACGAUCCACUUCCCUCCUCUCCACCCUUGGCAGAUUAAGCCAACAUUUGUGAUAACAAUGUUGCGCCAUCUAUCGGUAGAUUAAAGUCACGCCCAUUCCGAAUACAUUAUUCUUGACCAAUGGUAGCACUUGAACUCUUCAAUUUGGAGGUAAAAACACGGUAGCGUCUAGAUUCUACACACUUGGUAAUGCAGGAAACGAAAAUAUACGUUGACAUUCAUGCAUUUGUGCGAGAAACAUAUACAGGAACUUCUAUUGAGUGAUUAAAACAUUCAAAUUGUCCCUAAAUAUAGUCGUAUGUUUAGGGAUGAAAAGACGUGUUGCACAAUAAGCACCUGCCAAUUGUUUACAUACACUUUCUACAUUUACACGUGAUCAUGUUAUAGGCGCUUUUUGAUUGGAUGCAGCGAGUUUCGACUACAAACAAUGAAAAUCAUUACCUUGUGUCUCCGAAAUUCUAUCUCAAUCCGCCAAGGGUAGAGAGGAGGGAAGUGGAUCGUAACCAUUUGCUAGCGAAGAUCUUCUUCUCCAAAAACUCAUAUCUCAUAGUUGGACAGCAACUUCUUGUCAUAGGUUACUGGUAUAUGUAUAAGUAUAGUUUUAUGAACAAUAGUUCACAGUACAUCUUAUUAACCUUUUAUAAUUGUGUUAUUUAAAGGCCUUUUAUAAUGGUUUUAUCUAAAGGCCUUUUAUAAUGGUGUUAUCUAAAGGCCUUUUAUAAUGGUGUUAUGUAAAGGCCUUUUAUAAUGGUGUUAUCUAAAGGCCUUUAUAAUGGUGUUAUCUAAAGGCCUUAUAUAAUAGUGUUAUCUGAAGGCCUUGUAUAAUGGUGUUAUCUGAAGGCCUUGUAUAAUGGUGUUAUCUAAAGGCCUUUUAUAAUGGUGUUAUGUAAAGACCUUGUAUAAUGGUGUUAUCUAAAGGCCUUUUAAAAGGGUGUUAUCUAAAGGCCCUUUAUAAUGGUGUUAUCUAAAGGCCUUUUAUAAUGGUGUUAUGUAAAGGCCUUUUAUAAUGGUGUUUUCUAAAGGCCUUUUAUAAUGAUGUUAUCUAAAGGCCUUUUAUAAUGGUGUUAUUUAAAGUCCUUUUCUAUAUACCUCAUAAUAUCUUCUUUAGACAAAAAAGAAGAUGUUGUAUGAUACCCAAUGAUAUAAAUCUCCACCAGAGACCAAAUGCCAAAGAUAAAUCCACUUUAGGUCACCGUACGGCAAUCAACAAUGAGCAAAAUCUGUACCGCAAAGCAGGCUAUCAAAGGUCCCAACAUGACAAAUUGUAAGAUCAUUCGAACGAGAAAACCAACGAGCUGAUUUAUGUACAGAACAUGACUUAACGAAAAACCAGUAUGAUAUACAGCAACAAACGACAACUGCUGAAUUAAAUCCUCCUGACUAUGAACAGGCAUAUACAGAAUGAGGCGGGGUUAAUCAUGUAUCCAAGCUACAAACCAUCCCAUUUUCAGGGAUAGUGUUGUGACAGCACAUCAUAAGAACAAACUGUAUAGAAGGACUUGACUCAUUAGGUCGAUAUGUAGCAUAAAAAACAACUGACAAAAAGACUAGAGACACAAAGUACCGAUCUGAGAGUACUCGCAGUUACUGAAAUAAAAUCAUGUCAAGACAACAAAAUUAGUACACAUCUAAUGGAUUUAGUAUAAAGACGGCAUAAGUAGUCGUUUAAAAAAUAUCAAGUGUCAGUUAUAUAAAAAAUAUUCUAAAUUAUAUAUACAAAAAAAAAUAACAAAAGAUUUAUGAUUCCAAAAAAUGGCCCAUAUCAUGAUUAUGUGUGACAUUAUAUAUGACGGAUAAAUUGAACGAGUGUAGAUUUUCAAGUCUUCAAGACAUCAGCGUUUCGUUUAGACAUGAAUGUAGAAUGUUUUUUUAAAGGCUAAAUUCAAUACAACGUCAGUAAAUAAGAAUACGUUACGACAUACCAUCAUUAUAAAUGAUUUAGAACUUUUAAAUUAAAACUUGUCACUUAGUAUCGUCUAAUUGCCUGAUACCCAUCAGACCAUUAUAUUCAAACCAAAAAUGUCAUUAUAUAUGUCAAAACGAAACCUUGCAUUUGAGCAGUUUCAAAAAUGAUAUCAUUUCGGGUUUCAGAUGCAUGUUUUCCUUCAAAAUUAAUACGUUAUGAGAUAAAUGUAGAUCAACGAUCUUUGAUAUUCUAUGUUAAACAUAUUCACAGAUUUUUUUCGUAGGGUCACUGGGGAAUAGAAAUGUGAGCUAGUCAGUUUGGCUAUAGUGUAUGAUGCAUACACUCACAGUCACGUCAUGUCAGAAAGGGAACAUUAAAGGCAACUAUUUCUGCUCCUAUCAGAGAUACCAUUCUUUUCUAGUCUUUGACGAAAGUCCAAAAUUUGACGUCUUUCAUCCUGUCGUCUCAUCUUUUAGAGCCUACCUAUUGUAUUGAUUGCAAAAAGUUUCUCACCUUGAAUUUGUGUGAAAUAUUGGCAACUGGACAUUAAAUAAAUGGAAAUUAAUAUUUAUUCUAAAACCAAUUGUUGGCAUGAUACGGGUUCUUCUCGUAUAAUAAGGUUUAUCACUUUUAAGAUAAACCAAUUUAAUGAAAGAGAUUUGAUUAAUAUAUUUAUUUUCCAUAAAGACAUAUUUUAUCAUUCGGAUCCGCAUCUCGCUUCCGGCUUAUAAACAUCACGUGACUUCAGCCUCACAUUUGAACUAGCCGCUCUAGAUAAGUGAAAGUUUCAAAACCCACCCACCUCCCCUCACAAUCUACCAACAAUUACUUGUGUCUGCUGCUGUUUAUUCAUUUUUCAGGCUGUUCAGAGAAAAGCCUGAUACAUAAUACGUUGUUGGAAAAAAUAAAGAUGACUAGACUACGCCGAUGGAAUUGCUUGUUGAACAAACUUUUUGAGAACUAUCGUAUUCUAAAUUUGAGUGAGUGUUAUACAGUUUUACCAGGACAAUCAGCCACCAGCAAUGUGAUUGGAACAAUCAGUAUGAUUAUUUAGUUUAUCCACCAAGAACACAUAUAGAACUUUAAAUUUUUGUUAUGAACUUUCAGCGUUUAUAUCUCAAAUAAUAGUAUAAUUGUUCAUUAUAUUUUAAUAAAAUGUUUAGUCACAGUAAAAA